GUUGCUCGGAAAUGGCUCUGCAGAGAUGGAGGUCUGAGACGAGCCUUGACGGGUUUAGAGGGAGCCUGCCAGUGCCUCUGAGACUGCAGGAGCUGGAGUGUUGGGAAACAGCCAGUAUGAUGAGGCCAGGAGGAGGGCACGUGCUAGGAUGGGGCCCUGCUCAGAAGAAUUACCCUCUUUACAUCCGCAGUGUCCCCACAGAGAACGAGCUCAAGUUUCACUACAUGGUGCACACGUCCCUGGACGUGGUGGACGAGAAGAUCUCAGCAAUGGGGAAGGCCCUGGUGGACCAGAGGGAGCUCUACCUGGGCCUGCUGUACCCCACAGAGGACUACAAGGUAUACGGCUACGUGACCAACUCCAAGGUGAAGUUUGUCAUGGUAGUGGAUUCCUCCAACACGGCGCUCAGAGACAACGAGAUUCGCAGUAUGUUCCGGAAGCUACACAACUCCUACACAGACGUGAUGUGCAACCCCUUCUAUAACCCGGGGGACCGCAUUCAGUCCAGGGCCUUCGAUGGCAUGGUGACGUCCAUGAUGAUACCGGUCUGCUGAGGAGUGUGCUGCAGCCCGUGGCUGGAAGGAAUCGUUCUGUGCAUAUCCGUGUUGUUCCGAUGUAUCUUUAUUUCCACUUGUCUCCUCUUGGGUGUCAUGGACGUGCCGCUGGGGGCAGGGCCUCGUGCACGGUGCCUGUUCACUAAAGGUCUUGUGAGGUCA